GGUACUCGCCAUCUUCACUUACAUACAACUUAAAGCCAACUCGUGAUAACCUAGAACGUGGUGUUUAUCUCUCUUUCUGUUUCCCCUCCCAACUCUUCCUUGAUACCCCUUUCACGAAUAUCACAACCAUGGCUCAAGACCCAAGAGCUCUUCUCCAAAAGGCUCAGAAGCAGCUUCAGAGUGCCGGUGGCGGCUUCAGCUUCUUUGGUGGACGAGAGGAGAAGUAUCAAGAGGCCGCUGAUCUCUUCACUCAAGCCGCCAAUGCCUUCAAGAUGCAGCAACAGAACCUCGAAGCUGGAAAGGCUUUUGAACAGGCUGCGCAAGUUCAAACCGACAAGUUGAAGGAACCCGAUGACGCUGCCAACACCCUCGUGGAUGCCUUCAAGGCCUACCGCAAAGACGAUCCCCAGGCUGCUGCGCGAUGCCUGAACAUCGCUGUCGACCGAUACUGCGCCAAGGGUAAUUUCCGCCGCGCAGCUUCCCACAAGGAAAAUCUCGGCGAGCUGUACGAGGUGGAACUCGGCGAUGCCAAGAGCGCUAUCGAGUGCUACGAACUCGCUGCUACCUGGUAUGAGGGCGAUAAUGCGGCAGCUCUUGCCAAUAAACUAUGGCUGAAGGUGGCCGACGUGGCUGCUAUCGAGGGCGACUACUACAAGGCCAUCGAGAAAUACGAGAGAGUGGCUGAGCAAUCAAUCAACAACAACCUCAUGAAGUACAGCGUCAAGGACUACCUGCUCAAGGCAGGUAUCUGCCAUCUGGCCAGUGGCGAUUUGGUCGCUGCUCAGCGCGCCCUGGAGAAGUACCGCGAUAUGGAUCCCUCAUUUGGUGCACAGCGAGAGCAUCAGCUUUUGACUGACCUGUGCGAGGCCAUCGAGGCCAAGAGCCAGGAGCAGUUUACCGACAGGCUGUAUCAGUUCGACCAGAUCAGCAAGUUGGAUAAGUGGAAGACGACGAUCUUGGUGCGAGUGAAAAACCAGAUCGAGGAGGAAGAGGAUGAAGAGUUUGCAUAAAGGAGCUACCAAUGGAAUGAAAGAAAUUGGCACAUGAGUGGCUACAGCAGGUAUUGGGAUAUAUCACAGUCAGCAAAGCCCAGCAAGUGCUUGGGAUUUUGCUAUUGACAUUACGGUCGAAGAGACGGGUAGUGACUUGAGAAGUACUCGUGUCUCCUCAUGAAGGGGGUUACAGUGGCUAAUGUUAGGCUUAGAGUUAACAUGACUGUUGUGAACACCAAAGCAAGCUCCUCAUAGACUGAGUUGGUGUUGUCUCGGUAAAAUGAUGCUAUAUCAGUGAACCA